GUUUGUCGUAAGCGGAAAUAUGGCCGCGGAACAUUCAAAUGCGCGCCCUUUCUAAUAGGAAGACUUUGCAUCCAACAACAAAAAUAGGAAGCGAUGAUUCACCUUCUAAACGCAGCUGAUUGAGAUAAUGUUAGACAUUGAUAUGGAAGUUGAAAUUAAGGAUGCACAGGUUGCCUGUUUAUCAGGAAUCAUUGAUUUACAGAAAACAUGCCAACAAGAGAAACUACGUUUUUCGCCGGAGACCAAUCAGUAUCUUCUGUAUCAGACACUCAGAAAACUCGGUCCUUAUGUGGCUCAAAAAUUGGUGUCUAAAUUGGUGGAGCGUGGUGAAAUAACAUGGGAAGAGGACGAAGACUGGGAGGUUGAGCAGAUUUUGGACCAUACAGUUGAUGAGGGUACAGACUAUUACCUUAUCAAAUGGAAGAACUGGAGCCAUGCUCACAACUCCUGGGAGCCCAAAGACAAUCUGGAGUGUGCAGACCUCCUGGAAGAAUUUCACUCCGAAGGCAGGCGCAUCAUGGCUAAACGCAAGCUCAUAGACUUGGACAAUGUUGGUUAUGAUUCCAAACGCACCCGUGUAGAUGAAAUCUUCAGGAAGCUUGAACCAAUCCGAAAAACACUGUCUCCACUUCAAUUGCUUUCUCUGUCCAGUCCCAAGAAAGGUGGCAAACUUCCUUUGUUUAAGGGGCUGAUCACCAGUAAUGGUCAGAAACUACCCAAAUUACAUACACCUGGAUUUAGACAGCUUAAUCCAAGGACAAAGUUUUACAAACAGAAAAAAGAUGAGGUGCGGAAAGCACUGAAAGAGUGGGAGACAAAGUUGAACAAAAUCAACAAUGACCCUUCUCCUAUAUUUGUUGAAAAUGAAGUAGACUUGGAAGGACCACCUGAGAACUUUGAGUACAUCAAUGACUACAAACCUGGUGAAGGGAUUGAUAUCCCUGAUGACCCGAUAAUAGGCUGUGAAUGUGAAGAUUGUGUAGAAUGCAAGAAAAAAUGUUGUCCAAGUGCCUUCGGCUCAGAGUUCGCAUACUACAAAUAUAAACGGCUACGUAUUGCUAGAGGAACACCAAUUUAUGAAUGUAAUAAACGAUGCAAAUGUGGUCCAGAAUGUCCAAACCGAGUAGUUCAACAAGGUCGUAAAUUCAAGCUCUGUGUAUUCCGCACAAGUAAUGGCAGGGGAUGGGGAGUAAAAACUCUACAGAAAAUCAAGAAAGGGUCUUUUGUUGUAGAGUAUGUAGGGGAGGUGAUCACAAAUGAGGAAGCUGAGCGUCGAGGGCGCUACUAUGAUGCAGUUGGGAGGACAUACCUCUUUGAUUUGGAUUACAAUGAUGGAGAUUGUCCAUUUACUGUCGAUGCUGGUUACUAUGGAAAUGUUUCCCAUUUCAUCAAUCACUGCUGUGAUCCAAACUUGGAGGUAUUUGGUGUGUGGAUCAAUGCCCUGGAUCCCAGACUACCUCGCAUUGCACUCUUCUCGAGACGAGACAUUGCCAGGGGUGAAGAACUUACCUUUGACUACAUGAUGACAGGGGAUACUACAAACCAGGCACCAACUCUUGAGGAUGUGGAAAAGAGUAUCGCUGCUGGACUGAUGGGACCAAUUAUGUUGACUGACCCUUCAAAGGAUGAUUCAUUGACCUGUGAAAAAGAUACAAAUGAAGCUGACAGUGGAAAUGUAUUAGAAGCAGUUGCCAUGGAUACUCCUCCAGAGACGCCUAUCAGUGGGCAAGGCGACACUGAUGAUGACACCAUGGUAGAGGACUCCUCGAAGAAAAUUGAUUCCCCGAGAAAGUCCCCACGAAAACUUCCUUCUGAAACAAAAUCUCCGCUGAAAAUGAAAAUGUCACCACACACAAUCAGCUCCCCUUCUAAGUUGUCACAGACGGCUGACCUGCCUUCAACCUCAUUGCAAAUAGGAGGUGACACUCAAUCAGAAGCUAUUUUGCCAGAGAAAAAUCCAUCCACCAUCCAGCAUUUGAACAACGUGCUUGGGGCAGAGGGAGAUGCAGAACCAAGUGCCAAGUUGCUGCCGAAGUCCAUAACAGAUCAGUACAGAAUAGUGUGUCAGUGUGGUGCCAAGAAUUGCAGGAAGUAUCUGUUCUAGAGAACUCUUUCUUUAGGUCUAGUUAUUUCAGUUAUAAGUAACUAUCUAAUUCCCUAAAUGUGUUUUCACAAUUUGUUACAGCAAAGAUUUAUUACACUGUAAAAAGUGCAAAGCAAAGCUGUUUACAUCCUA